CCUGAUCGCGCACUUUUCGACAUUGCGUCUGCUGAUGACUUUGUUCUUGGCUACUAUUCAAUCAGAGCGCCGUGACUUUGAAGCCGCGCAAACUUCGGCUGCAUUUUCCAUGGUCAUAGCAACCUGCCUAGGCAUCCUGUUACCCGCUCCCUGUAAGCACCGGGAGCACGAUACAUACAUCGCAUGUGCGAAUACUCGGUCUAGCCCACUAUCCAAGCGCGUGUCCCGUCACUCGGCAUUCUCUUGAUGCUCGAACCUUUUUGCAGGUCGACGACUUACUUCCCGAAGGUGACCGCCUGGCUCACGCCAAACCCUUAAUCAUGUUUCCCGC